CGAGAGCACUUGGACAAAACACAGUUGCUUCCGCGCGCGGCCAAAUACCUUCACAGCUUUCAAGCGACGAACAUCUGUGAGCUCUUUCGAUCGUUGCUUCGUUGUUGCUUCACACCAAACGCUAGAAUGAAGCCUCAAUCCACAAAGUCUGGUCUUCACGCCGGGGAGGAUUCCCUGCGUUCAACUACGACAACGACUUCAAGUAUUUCUAGGGCUCGUGCGCGCGAUACCAGUGUUUCACAUCUCGAGCAGGGCUGUAUUUACAACAUGGACGACUGCUACGCGAGGCUCAGAGCCAUGGUACCGCACAUCCCUGCUGACAGAAGGAUGAGUAAAGUCGAAAUUCUACAGCACGUUAUUGACUACAUUCAGGAUCUCGAGUCUGCUUUGGAACUGCCGAAUCUCCAAAUAAACAACUUUGUAAAGAAUUCAGCCGAUAAGAAGACUAGUCGAGUUCCGCUUAAGACAAUUUCUUACAACCGCUGAGAAAGAGGUAGGUUGGACUUUUCAUAAUCAGGCCGUGUUUCACUGCGGCGGAGUGUCUACUCAUUAAAUUCACGACGCGCUAUAGACCGGUUUAUGGCGCACAACCCUUCGGAACGGGGCACGUUUACCCAGAUAUUUAGUCGAUAUUCAAGAUCGUGAAAUUGUAAGGGUAUUAAUAUACUCAAAUAUCAGAUAAAAAGCAGUGCAAGGAGGGUAAUAACGUUUUUAUCGGCAUGGUAUUCGCCUUUGAGUAACAUUGUUACGAGGGUGUUAGAUAAGCUACAUAUUUCCUUGCGGAAACUACACAAAUUGUUCCAAACUGCCUUCUGUUUCGUGCAACAAGACGGAGGAAUUAAAACAAUUCAAUGGGAAAAAUGUCUCGACAAGCACGAACCCAGAGACACCCUCAAAAUCUCUCAGAUCCUUAACAUUAAACAGCUGGGGCACCUUUACAGAACAAACACUCACGAACCAGAAUAAAACCUGUGAACAGUGGGCCAACCGUAGAGUCUCCAGCGACUCAAAGACGGGUAGUCUGGAAAUUUCGUUUUCUUUAAUUUAAGAAACUUCUGGCUUUUGAUUAAUGUGUAAGGUGUUUCAUUACAGACGGGGCUCCUGUUUUCUAAAAUUGACAUGAGCCACAAAUUAUAAUCUUGAAGUAUUACGCACUUUUAGAAGAUCUAAAUCUGUUGAACAUCGAACAGAAACGGGGACAGUUUGGUCCUAAUUCCACACACUACAGGAAGGAACUUGUAAGAUGCGAACUAAUCUGUUUUCGAUGAUAAAACCCAGCUCCAUAUGGUCAGCCGAGUGGGACACGCUCUCUCCUCGUUAAUGUCAAAAUCGUACACAAAUUGAAGAGGAUCAAAAUAAUGUUCAACAGAUGUUACACUCGGGCACAUACCACUUUUACCAGAUUUACAUGGCAACUGUCUGCUUUCACUUCAACCAAGUUCACAUUGUUCCACACCAGAGAUAACUGACUUAUCUCUUGUUUAUUGUUUUAGCAGGAAAGUGAAGAAGAUGUAAAGAUUACAAGAACUCCUCAGUCUCAACCCGAAAAUUGA